UGGCCUUACAUGAGGUAUCUUUUGGACAUGCCCCUUGGCGUCUCUCGGCCGUUUGUCAAAGUUGAAUCUGCUUGAGUUUCUAUUGAGUUAGACCAUCUGGUUUGUAAACUACCUUCAUUUUCUGCUCUUGGAGCCAUAUUUUUGUUUUAAAACGCUAGUUUUUAUUUCCACUCGCGAAAACAACCUCCUCGAGAUCUUUCUGUCGAUUCAUUUGAUUGGUGAAGGUGCGCGGGAAUUGCGGUCAGUCGACGGUUUUUGAACAGAGAAGCAAUAAGGAUGGAAAAUCCACCGAACCAAACCAUCUACAUCAACAACCUCAACGAGAAAGUCAAGAAGGAUGAAUUGAAGAAGUCACUGUAUGCCAUAUUUUCACAGUUUGGACCCAUUUUAGACAUUGUUGCACUUAAGACCCUCAAAAUGAGAGGUCAGGCAUUUGUAGUGUUUAGAGACUUAACGAGCGCCACAAAUGCACUGCGCUCAAUGCAAGGAUUCCCGUUUUAUGACAAGCCAAUGAGAAUACAAUAUGCUAAGAGCAAGUCUGAUGCUGUAGCGAAAAAGGAAGGAACAUAUGUUCAGAGAGAGAAGAAACCCAAAGAGAAGAGAAAAGCUCCAGAACAAGCUAAACCAGCCAAACGACAAGCAGCUGCCCAGCCUGUUCCUGCUACAGUUGCUCAGCCUGUCGCUGCGCCAAUUGCACCAAAUGUCAUCCCAACUCCAGUACAGCCAGCUGUGGUGUUACCUGAGCAGCCCAACAAUAUCUUGUUCUUGACUAACCUACCAGAGGAGACAACUGAGUUGAUGUUGUCUAUGUUAUUCAACCAAUUUCCUGGAUUCAAAGAGGUUCGUUUGGUUCCAGGCCGAUCAGACAUUGCUUUUGUGGAGUUUGAAAAUGAAGUACAGUCAGGAACAGCUAAAGAAGCUCUGCAGGGAUUCCGUAUUACUCCAUCACGGGCCAUGAAAAUCUCCUACGCUAAGAAGUGAUCUGCUCUGGGCACCAUUGUUAUCAAUAGUUAUUUCCGUGCAAGUCGAUUAGAGGAUGUUACCAUCAACAUGCAUGCACCAUCAACAGGAGCCCACCAUUGUUAGUCAUUUGAUCUGUUUGCUUUUUGGUGACAGACUAGUUCCACCGGCAACAUUUUAAAAUUAACUUUAGUGUCAUUCUUUAUCAAUUUGAUACCAGUUUCUUUUUCAAUCCAAAAUAAGUAUAGUAACAGGAGUAUAUCAUGUCACACACAAUAACAGGAUGUGUGUUUUUGAAUUGGUUAUUCUGAUUAAUUUGAAAGAAAUUUUAUAACCACACAAAAACUGAAGAAAGAAUUUUAAUUUUGAUGGUGAGGUAUAAAAGCAGGGACAGUCUUAUUUCAAAAUGGUGAAGAUCCUUGAUUUUUAUGGACAAGCAAUUUCGUUUUAUCAUUGGUGGCAUUGCACAGAGCUGUCGAUAUAAUAAUUUAGAUAGUACAUACUGAUUGCAGCAUUGCACUUGGCUGCAUUUUAAGCAUUAGUUUGAUCUGACCGCAGCAUUGCACAUUAAGGCUGCCAUAUUGUAACAUGAACGGUUUCAUUUUCUCCACUGUAGUAUCUAACUGCAAGUUAAACUUCUCUUUGAUUGCAGCAUUGCACAAAGCUGCAUUAUUUUUUUGAUGAAUAUUUGGAACUUAAAUUACUUGUAGUUUAUUGAGCUGAUACACUGUUAGCAUUGCACAUGAGCUGAAGUGACAAAACAUGAUCUUUUGUUCCGGCAUUGCACAUGGCUGGGGCUUAUCAAUGAUACUACACUCACAAAAUUUACCAUCUAUCCAUAGGCCUGGUAGAAGCGAUGUUCAAUAACAAACCAUGUUAAAAUAUUGUUUGAAAUAAAAUGGCAUGUUUCAACAAUGUUCUGUUUUACCCUUA